AUGAUUGAAAGUAAAGAUCCUGAAAUUAAUCUAUUCGGGCAGAAGAUUCUCUUUCUUGGGGAAGGUGAAGCUAUGGAUGUAGAAGAAGAAGAAGAAAGAGAUAGAUAUUUUAGUGAAUCCGAGAGUGAAGAUGAAGAAACAACAAAGGACAAUGAAGCUGAAAAGGACACUGAGAAAAGUAAAGAAGUUGAUCCUUCACCAAAUUCUGCAGAGAUCAAGAACAACUAUUCAGUAACAACAUCAACAUUAGCAGAAGCUAUUCAGAAUCCAAAAACACCAUCUCUUGAUGAAGAAAUAUCAAAAUCCGAAAACGAACAAAGUGAUGUAGCAGCAACAACAAACAACAACAACAACAAUAAUCAUGAGAAAACACUUAAGAAGCCCGACAAAUUACUCCCAUGUCUGCGCUGCAACAGCGGGGACACAAAAUUCUGUUACUAUAACAACUACAAUGUCAACCAGCCGCGCUAUUUCUGCAGAGCGUGUCAAAGAUACUGGACUGCAGGCGGAACUAUGAGGAAUGUUCCAGUUGGUGCAGGGAGAAGAAAGAACAAAAACAACUCUUUGUCAUCACAUUAUCGCCACAUCACUAUCUCUGAGGCACUUGAUGCAGCAAGAGUUUUUUCUCCUGAUGAAACUCAUUAUGUUCCAAAUUUGAAAACCAAUGGUAGACUCCUUAGCUUUGGAUUGGAUCGCCCAUCAAUCUGUGAUUCAAUGAAAAAUGCCAACAGUCAUGCAGAGAAAAAGGGUCUUAGCGACACUCAUGAUGAUCAUUGUUCAAGUUCAUCUUCUAUUACAGUUUCAAAAUCUAUGGAACAAAGUGGCAAAAACAUGUCACAAGAAUCAUUACCAUCGCAAAAUAGUGGUUUUGUUCCUCAAGUUCCAUGCAUUACUAGCGUUCCUUGGCCUUACCCUUGGAGUUCUUCCGCGAUUCCCAUGCCGCAAACAUUGUGUCCUCCUGGAUUUCCCAUGUCAUUCUACCCUACUCCAUUUUGGAACUGCGGUGUUCCGGGAAAUUGGAAUGUUCCUUGGUUCCCCUCUCAUACUUCGGCAACAAGUCCUAGUUUAUCAAACUCUAGUACGAAUUCUCCAACGCCCGGGAAACGCUCGAGGAAUUAUGAUGAUGAGAACAAUGAUGAGACGGCUAAACAAGACGAUUUUGGAAAAGAAGAAUCACCAAGACAAAGAAGUGGUAAUGUUUUGGUUCCAAAAACAUUGAGAGUUGAUGAUCCAAAUGAAGCUGCAAAGAGUUCUAUAUGGGAAACACUUGGAAUCAAGAAUGAAUGUGUGAGUAAGGGAGGCAUGACCAAAGCUUUUCAACCAAAGAAAGAUGGAAAAGAACAUGUUGAAACUUCUCCAUUGUUGAUGGCUAAUCCUGCAGCUUUGGCUAGAUCACUUAAUUUUCAUGAAAAUUCUUAA